CUCCCAACGUCUUUCAGGCUGCCAGACAGAAGAAGCGACGUGGGGCAGAACUUCUCCGACGACGGCCGAACCAUAAACAGCACCAGCUGUCCGAUACCGAAGCUUCUCGCCGCGUCUCGGUAGUCGGUCGUGGGAAAGAAAAAAAAAUGUCCACCGUAAACUGGAAGCCUUUCGUUUUCGGCGGGCUUGCUUCUGUGACGGCGGAAUGCGGUACUUUUCCCAUCGACCUGGCCAAGACGCGUCUGCAGGUCCAGGGCCAGGUGGGGGACAUCAAGUACCGUGAGAUCCGCUACAGAGGCAUGCUCCACGCUCUCAUGAGGAUAGGAAGAGAGGAGGGGCUCCGAGCGCUUUACUCAGGCAUUGCUCCCGCCAUGCUACGUCAGGCCUCCUAUGGGACCAUUAAAAUUGGCACAUACCAGAGUUUUAAGAGGCUGUUUGUUGACAGACCAGAAGAUGAGACCUUGUUGACUAAUGUGCUGUGCGGCAUUCUGUCUGGAGUCAUUUCCUCCUCCAUUGCAAACCCCACUGAUGUGUUGAAGAUCCGGAUGCAAGCUCAGGGGAAUGUGAUUCAGGGCAGCAUGAUGGGCAACUUCAUCAAUAUCUACCAGGAGGAGGGGACAAGAGGAUUGUGGAAGGGUGUUUCUCUAACGGCUCAGAGAGCGGCCAUCGUGGUCGGGGUUGAGCUCCCCGUCUAUGAUAUCACCAAGAAGCACCUGAUCCUGUCUGGCUACAUGGGGGACACCGUUUACACACACUUCCUGUCCAGCUUCGUGUGUGGCCUUGCUGGAGCUUUGGCCUCGAAUCCAGUAGAUGUGGUCCGGACACGCAUGAUGAACCAGAGGGGCGGGGCUCUCUAUCAAGGAACUCUGGACUGCCUGCUGCAGACAUGGCGGUCAGAGGGGUUCAUGGCGCUCUACAAGGGUUUCUUUCCAAACUGGCUGCGCCUGGGACCAUGGAACAUCAUCUUCUUCCUCACUUAUGAGCAGCUGAAAAAGCUCAACGUGUGACUGAAUGUAAAUGAGAAGAAGAAAAGAGCUUUCACUCGGAGGCGAGGGGGACCAAAAUCAGGAAUGUCUGGAAUUAUGGUGGAUCCUUGAG